AUGGCAGAGUUAUGCUGGCCUUCUGAUACAGAGCUAAAUGAGAUGAGAGAAAAAGUUUCUGAAAUGGCAAAUGUGAAUAAAGAAAAAGUUAGAGUUGUAGUAUCGCCCUAUCGAAUUUGUCCUUUGGGGGCACACAUUGAUCAUCAGGGUGGGACUGUUUUAGCUAUGACAAUAGAUAAGGGAAUACUUCUGGGGUUUACUCCUUCUGGAAGUGAUGAGUUUGUAAUUCGUUCGGGACAGUUUCAAGGAGAAGUUAAGUUCAGAGUUGGCGAUAUUCAGCAGCCAAGGCAAACUCCUAAGACAACACAUGAUAAUUCAGCAGAGAAUUCUUCCGAGCCACGGGAACAAUGCAAUUGGGGGCGUUAUGCUAGAGGAGCUGUAUAUGCAUUACAGAGUAGGGGGCACAAUAUUUCAAAGGGUAUCAUUGGAUACAUACGUGGUUCUGAAGGUCUGGACAGCUCAGGCUUAAGCUCUUCUGCUGCAGUUGGAAUAGCUUACCUAUUGGCUUUGGAACAUGCAAAUGAUUUAGAAAUAUCUCCUACUGAAAAUAUUGAAUAUGAUAGGUUGAUUGAGAAUGAGUAUUUGGGUCUGAAAAAUGGCAUAAUGGACCAAUCAGCCAUAUUACUUUCAUUCCACGGUUGUUUGAUGUGCAUGAAUUGCAAGACGAAAGAAUAUAAGCUUAUUCAUCGGCCAAAGGUGCAAGACUACAAUGAAGGUGAACAACCAAAAGCAACCAAAAUGUUGCUUGCUCUUUCUGGGUUAAAGCAAGCUUUGACUACGAACCCUGGAUAUAAUAAGCGAGUUGCAGAAUGUAAAGAGGCUGCCCGAAUUCUUCUUGAAGCAUCUGGAGAUUAUAAAGCAGAACCCAUUUUAUCAAAUGUUGCCCCAGAAGUUUAUGAGGCUCACAAGUGCAAAUUAGAACCCGAUCUGGCCAAAAGAGCAGAGCAUUAUUUCUCAGAAAAUAUGCGUGUUAUGAAAGGAAUUGAGGCUUGGGAAACAGGAAGUUUAGAAGAUUUUGGAAUUCUCAUUGCUGCUUCUGGUCGGAGUUCCAUUCAAAAUUAUGAAUGUGGUUCUGAACCACUGAUUCAACUGUAUGAGAUCCUACUGAGAACUCCUGGUGUAAUGGGAGCACGAUUCAGUGGUGCUGGGUUCAGAGGCUGCUGCAUUGCACUUGUGGAGGAGGCCCUUGCUACUAAAGCUGCAUCAUUUGUCAGGACAGAAUAUCUCAAGGUCCAGCCUGAGUUAGCUAGUCGCAUAAGCACAGAUACUGCAGUUUUAGUAUGUGGUUCGGGUGAUUGUGCACGUGUAAUUUAA